CUUCGUACGUACGUACAUCAGUUCAAGUUGCCAUACCACAUUAGAAUACAGAUGGAAUUGUCAAUUUCAAUCCCAUAGUGGUUGACGUGUUUGUGCAUGUGUGUGUGUGUGUGCGUGUAUGUAUUGACACGUUUCCUAUCAAGGAAUGGAACUUUUUUUAUAUUUGAUCACAUUGAAUGGUCUCAUAUCUAAAAUGUUUAUAUUUUAUCGUUUUGAUUCUAGUCAAAUUUUUGCAUUAUAUCAUCAUGACAAAGAAGAAACUAUCCGAAAAAUACAAACAGAAACUAUCAAAACAUCCUAUACCUAAAUCAAAUAAUCCACAAGGAAUAACUGUUGUUAGUGAAUUUGUUCGACAAUUUGUUCGACGUCAUGUUAAUGAAAAUCAACGUAAUCAAUCUGAUUUAUAUUGGCGUCCAGGUUCUAAUAUUAGUCAUAAUAUAAAUUUAUUACCACAAUCAACAAAAAUUCAUCGAUUAAAACAGAAACAAACGUCUAUGACAAAUGAUAACCCUAUCAAAAUAAAUCAUUCUAAUAUAAAGAAAAAAUCUUUCAAUAAAUCAAUAAUCAAUCAAAAACCAUCGAUUAUAUCAAUGAAUUUAUCUAAUCAAUUACAUAAUUUAUGGAAUGGUUAUUUUCAAUCUGUUAUGUCUAUUCUACCUACUAAAUUAAAUGAUCAUAAUUGUAGUAAUUUUAAUUUAACAAAAAAUUUAGAUACAAUAUUACGUUUGAAUUUAAUUGGUGCUCAACUUAAAAUUCUACGUUCCACAUCAUGUCGAGUAAGUAGAAGUUGUUGUUGUUGUUGAUUGCGUCAUGAUUUGAUUUCUUAUCAUAGGCUGACAUCAGUUAAUGAUCUAUGAAGACUAGAAAGGCUUUUUUCUGAUGAAGUUUUGUUCUUUGAGAUGGUUGAUUUGGUUGUAGAGAUUUCAUUGUUCUUCUGAACAACAACAUCAUCAUCACAAACUUCAGGUAGAAGUGAAGUGUACACAAACAAA